AUGCUGCCAUUGCCCAGGCACUCCAAGGACACCUGGCUGCGGCUAGUGGUCCUCUGUGCACUGAUAUCUUUGUCAGCUCCCAGAAGAGCAGAUGCUCUGGGCUAUCCCAGUGCCCAGCAGGAGCACGACAUGCUCAUCCUGGACGCCUUGUCGCGGCGCAGUGGAACCGGAUACUAUGGCGAGAACAGCGUGAUGGAAAUGCUCUCCCGAAUGAUACCGCAGUCGUGCCGCUUUCGUGGCCACAAGUUCGAGUGCGGCCUGUCCAUCUCCUGUGUCUUGGGUGGCGGCAAGCCGCUGGAUCUUUGCUCCGGCGGCAUGAUCUGGUCUUGUUGCGUGGACAAAGAUCUCGACGCCGAGGAAAGUCCGCACGCCGCCCCGGUGAACAACACGAGCGACAUAAUACACUUGCAUGACAUUUACCCCGACCUGUCGACGAAUGCCAACAAGCCGCAGCACCACCUGCACCACCACAGUGGCAACGGCCUGUCAGCGGCCCCAUCCACAUCGUCCACAGCGUCCUCCUCUGCACGACCGGCUUACCCGAGCAACUACUACGGCACCAAGCGACCAUCCCUCUACAGCGGCUCCAAUUCCUACAAGCCAGGAUCCUCCGCUGGCGGAUCUAGCCGCCCAUCCUCCUCCUCCUCCUCCACCUCCAGCCUCAACAGCUGGGAGCACGAGAGCGGCGGCCACCUGGGCUCCAUCAGCGGGAUCACAAACCACCUGGACAGCUUCUUUGACGCCGAGCCCCAGGUGCCCUUGGACUCCGCCGGCGCUCCAGCACCACACGAACCGCUGCCCAACGCACAGGCCUUUGCGGUGGGCAAUGUCCUGGACCUCAAUGCUGGAGAGGCAGCGGACGAGUACCAAAGUGGAGGCAGUGGUGGCUACCACGACGCCAGCUAUCGUCCAGUGCCGGGCUGCGGCGAGGUCUACACACGAUCCAAUCGUAUUGUAGGAGGCCAUUCCACGGGCUUUGGCUCCCAUCCCUGGCAGGUGGCGCUGAUCAAGAGUGGGUUCCUCACCAGAAAACUUAGCUGCGGCGGUGCACUGAUCUCCAACCGAUGGGUCAUAACGGCUGCCCAUUGUGUGUCCUCCACCCCUAACUCCAAUAUGAAGAUCCGACUGGGCGAGUGGGAUGUUCGUGGCCAGGAGGAGCGCCUAAACCACGAAGAAUAUGGCAUCGAGCGUAAGGAAGUGCAUCCCCAUUACAACCCCGCAGACUUUGUAAAUGACGUGGCCCUGAUCCGUUUGGACAGGAAUGUGGUCUACAAGCAGCACAUCAUACCCGUCUGUCUGCCUCCUCCAUCCACCAAAUUGACCGGUAAAAUGGCCACCGUGGCUGGGUGGGGGCGAACCCGACACGGCCAGAGCACAGUGCCCUCCGUGCUGCAGGAGGUGGACGUGGAGGUGAUCUCGAAUGAUCGCUGUCAGCGCUGGUUCCGAGCAGCGGGUCGGCGAGAGGCCAUCCACGAUGUUUUCUUGUGCGCCGGCUAUAAGGACGGUGGCCGGGAUUCCUGCCAGGGCGACAGUGGCGGACCACUAACACUGACCAUGGACGGUCGCAAGACCUUGAUCGGAUUGGUGUCCUGGGGCAUCGGCUGUGGGAGGGAACACCUGCCCGGCGUCUAUACGAACAUCCAGCGUUUUGUGCCCUGGAUCAACAAGGUUAUGGCCAAUGACAACGCGUAG